AUGGAGCAACGGUUGCUCUCCGUGUACGACAAGGAAGCCACCGAGGAGUUCACGCUCUUGAAAGAAAGCCUCACGGCCUGUACUCGGUUCAUCGUGGUGGCGGGAGCGGGCAUCUCGACGUCCGCUGGAAUUGCCGAUUUCAAGGACCCCUCUGGACUAGCACAGCGAUUCGGCGGGAAACUCAAUCUUUCCGAGGCAGUCUAUCACAACAACGCGAGGCUGGAAGCCUUCCACGAGUUCCUACGCGAGGCGUGCGUGCAGGCGUCGGCUUCGAAUCCGACACCCUUUCACCACUGGGUUGAUGCUCUUGCUAGGGACCGCCGUCUAGUCCGUCUCUAUACACAGAACAUUGACGGACUGGAGCUGAGGCUGCCCUAUCUCUUCACCCAAACUCCGUUGACGACCAGCGGGCCGUGGCCCAAUACAAUCCAGCUUCACGGGACUUUGCACUACUCGCAGUGCACAAAGAACGGACACGUUCUGCCCACCGAUCUGUCCCUUUUCGUCGGAAACACGCCACCCGUCUGCCGGCUGUGCGAGAUCGCCGAGGAUGAGCGUGUCGCCGCCGGCAAGAGAGGUCGAAACCCUGGGGGACUGCGCCCACGCAUCCUCCUGUACGACCAGGAGGCCGAUUGGGAGAAUGAGUCCAUCGGCAAGGUUCAUGCACACGAUCUCGAGGCCAUGCCUGAUGCCCUGAUCGUGGCCGGGACGGCAUUGGACGUGCCUGGCGCACGCGACCUGGUGAGAAGCAUGGCCGAAGUUGUCCGCAAAAACAUCGGCCUGGCCAUAUGGAUCAACAAGGAGCUACCGAAGCAGAACGUGAUGGCCUGUUUCGACAUAGUGCUUAAGGGAACCUGCGACGAUUUCGCACGGCUGGCAGACAUGCUCGGAGGGGAGAAUUGGUGA